GGUAGGGCUGGGCACGAUACGAUUCCGGAAUCGAUUCCAGCGAUUCCGCUUCAAGCUUCCAGGUAUCGAGUGGUAUGACUGGUAUCGAUACCUUGGCUUGACGAUUCCACUAGCUUAAUUUCUCCUGGCAAUCUGGCAGACAAUGGCAUCGUGGAGGGAAAAACGGCAUUUGAUUGGUCGAUACUCUGUGUCUGUGACGUCAGGCAAGUGUUGCCAGAUGCGCGUGCCUCCGUCAGGCCCAGUACAUAAAUAAGGGUGGAGGAGCGACCCACGGCAGUCCAGCUAAUGUUCUCAGAGGGGGGGUCCGUGUCGCGCUUCACCAUCCAUAUGAACAAAAUUAUUUAAUUUUUUUUAUUACUAUUUAACAAUUCCUUGCUGUAGUGUAGCCUUUCCUCUCUCGAAAAAUAUAAUUCAUUCAACAGAACUCAUAUACUCGUGUUCACGGGAGAGGAACAAACACGUCACUGUCAACAUCAUUAGUCAUGGCCUCUACUUCAAAGCGAUCUAGAAAAGCUCCAGUAUGGACAUACAUGGAGAAAACAGGGCCUGACAUCACUGUGUGCCUUAUUUGUAAGGAUUCCUUGAAAUAUUGUGGAAAUACUUCAAACAUGACUAAACAUAUACGUACCAGACAUCCGAUUGAAUUUGCGCAAAUGCAGGAGGACACGACCCCUGUCGCUGCCUCACACAUGUCUGAUCCUGAAAGUGAGAGAUUGCCCGGCACAUCAACUGCAACAUUGCAACCAACUUUGAUGCAAACAAUAGACAGGACUCAGUCUUACAGAAAUGACUCUAUCAAAAAGAAUCAACUAGAUCUUCUUUUGGUAAAAAUGGUAGCUAAAGAUCUUCAGCCAUUGUCCAUCACUGAAGAUAAAGGAUUUAAGGACUUCGUUCAGGGCCUGAAUCCUCGCUAUAAGCUACCUAGUCGCCGUGAAUUGACGAGAACUCUUUUACCUAAUAUGUAUGAACAAGAAGUAGCAAGAAUCAGCAAGGAACUUGAAAAUGUUGAGGACAUUGCAUUAACAACUGACAUCUGGACUUCCAGACAAACACAAGGAUUUAUCACAGUCACGGCACACUUCAUUUCUUCAGACUAUAAUAUCAAAUCAGCUGUUUUAGAGACUGCAAGGAUGACAAAAAAUCAUACAGCAGAGAAUAUUGCAGAAGACCUUACAAGUAUAUGCAAUAAAUGGAACAUUCUAAGUAAAAUAUGCUGUGUGAUUACUGAUAAUGCUGCUAAUAUGACCUCAGCAAUAAAAUCACAUAUGAAAUUGCGCAAUAUUCCAUGCUUUGCGCACACACUCAAUUUAGUAGUACAAGAUUCACUGAAGAAUACAAAAGAUUUACAAAUAGUAAAAGAUAAAGUAAAGCAAAUUGUGACCUUUUUCCACCAUAGUGUCAAAGCAACUGAUAAACUUAGCCAGCUUCAAGUACAACACAAUGUUCCAGUUAAGAAGCUUAUUCAAGAUGUAGAGACAAGGUGGAACUCUACCUAUCAUAUGCUGGAACGCUUCGUGCAGCAAAGUAAUCUUGUCACCACUACGCUUUGCUUGCUCGGAAAAAAUCAUUUGUGCAUUAGUAAUGAUGAGCUUAGCCUCAUAAAAAAGGUCAUACCUCUACUGGAAUACUUUGAUGAAGCAACCAAAGAAUUAUCAGCAGAAAAACUUACUUCACUCUCUAAAGUUAUUCCAAUUGUAAGAGGUCUGCAAGAUUCCCUGCAAAUGAUUGAUGAUGACAUGGAUGGACUGACAUUAAGAAAUAUUCCAUUAUCUGAAGAACUCAAAAAGCAGAUGAGUCGGAGAUUUGCUACAGUGGAAGGGAUUUUCCUUGUUGGGGCAGCAACCAUUCUAGACCCCAGAUUUAAGAAGCUACCCUUCGCAGAUGCUUCCAACAUCAAGGCCAUCGAAGAGCGUUUAAAAAACAUACUACGCUCUAAGUAUACAAAUUAUGCUUCAGAAAGUUCAACUGCGCCUUCUGUGCCGAGCCUCCCUGGCCCUGAAUCAACAAUAAAGUCAGGGAAAAAGUCUCUGUGGAAUAGCUUUGAUGCUAAAGCAGAAAAGACCUCACAAAUAGUCUCAAAUCCAUCUGCUGAGGCAAUAAUGGAGUUGAGGCGAUAUUUUGAGGAGCCAAGAGUCAUGAGAAGUGAAGAUCCUCUCUCAUGGUGGAAGAAAAAAGCACCCUUAUUUCCAAACCUUUCUAAAAUAGCAAAGGGAAUCUUAUGUGUACCAGCAACAUCAGUCCCAUCUGAGAGGCUUUUCUCCAAAGCAGGAGAAUUAAUAUCUCAAAGGCGAAGCACUCUAAAAGAAAAAAAUGUCAACAUGAUUCUAUUUCUUAACAAGAACUUGAAAUAAAUCAAUAAAAAAAUGCUACUCCUGAAUAAGGAGAGGACUGCUACUCCUGAAUAAGGAGAGGACUGCUACUCCUGAAUAAGGAGAGGACUGCUACUCCUGAAUAAGGAGAGGACUGCUACUCCUGAAUAAGGAGAGGACUGCUACUCCUGAAUAAGGAGAGGACUGCUACUCCUGAAUAAGGAGAGGACUGCUACUCCUGAAUAAGGAGAGGACUGCUACUCCUGAAUAAGGAGAGGACUGCUACUCCUGAAUAAGGAGAGGACUGCUACUCCUGGAUAAGGAGGGGACUGCUACUCCUGUAUAAGGAGAGAACUUAAAUUCUCAUUUCAUUAAGGAAAUAUAUUAUAUGUAUUUUUAGUGUAUAAACAUAUUAUAUGUAGAUUAUAUGUACUUGUAUAAGUAUAUGUAUUUUUCUUCGAGAGGAUAAUGUAAAAUAAAGGAAUAUUUAUUUACAAAUGUAGCAACAAACAUAGUCAUACUUUAAGGAAAUAUAUUAUAUGUAUCUUUAAUACAGAAGUCUAUUAUAUGUAUAUUACAUAUAUUUGUAUAUGUAUUUUCUUCGACAGGAUAAAAUGAAGUAAAGGAAUAUUUAUUUAUGAAUGUAGCAACAGUCAUA